CCCGCUCCCCGCAGCCCGGCUCGGUGCCCUCGGACCCGCCCCCGGGGGUCGCCCGGCCCCAUGCCCUGCGGCGGCGGCGGAGCGGCGCGCCGCGGGCGGCUCUGAGCAGCCCGGAGCCGGCCGGCGACCAGGGGGACCAUGUACCGGGACCCGGAGGCGGCCAGCCCAGGGGCGCCCACCCGCGAUGUCCUGCUGGUCUCUGCCAUCAUCACCGUCAGCCUUAGCGUCACUGUCGUCCUCUGCGGCCUCUGCCACUGGUGUCAACGCAAACUGGGCAAACGCUACAAGAACUCUCUGGAGACCGUGAGCACGCCAGACUCGGGCCGUGGGCGCAGCGAGAAGAAGGCCAUCAACGAUCUAGACAGAGACUUUUGGAAUAACAAUGAGAGCACAGUGCAGCAGAAAUGGAGCUCCUACCCUCCCAAGGAGUUUAUUCUAAACAUUUCACCCUACGCCCCUUAUGGCGACCCACGACUGUCCCUCAAUGGCUCGCUCCUGUCGAGCGCCAAGGUGGCCGCCGCCGCGGGGCUGGCGGUGGGGCGGGAAGGCCGGCUGGGGGAGAAGCCGGUGCCAGCGCCGCCACGCGGAGAGGACGCGCCCAGCGAGCCGGGCAGCGGCGCCAAGGCGGGGAGAGGCCGCUGGCGGACGGUACAGAGCCACCUGGCCGCGGGGAAGCUCAACCUGUCCAAUUUCGAGGACUCCACCCUGUCCACGGCCACUACCCUUGAGUCUAUCCCCAGCUCCACGGGAGAGCCGCGAUGCCAGCGACCCCACACCCUGAUGCGGCAACAGAGCCUGCAGCAGCCGCUGAGCCAGCAGCCGCGGGCGCGGCCGCCCAGCCAGCCCACCACCAGCCAGAGCCUGGGCCAGCUGCAGGCCCACGCGGCCGCGGCGCCCGGCCCCAACCCCCGGGCCGCCUCUGCUGGCCGGGGCCAGGCCCGCCCGGGCUCAGCGGCGGCUGGUUCCAAGUACCGGCCGGCCGGCGGCCACAGCCGCUCCAAUCCGGGCAGCUGGGACCACAUGGUGGGGCAGAUUCGAAACCGAGGCUUGGACAUGAAAUCCUUCCUGGAAGGCCGGAUGGUGGUGCUAUCCUUGGUCUUAGGGCUUUCGGAGCAGGACGAUUUUGCCAAUAUCCCUGACCUACAAAACCCAGGAACCCAGCAGAACCCGGCCCAGGGGGACAAGAGGUUGCCCCCAGGAGGGAAGGCGGUGAACACAGCCCCCGUGCCGGGCCAGACGCCUCACGAUGAGUCCGACCGCAGGACCGAGCCUCGCUCCUCCGUCUCCGACCUCGUCAACUCCCUCACCAGCGAGAUGCUCAUGCUCUCCCCAGGCUCCGAGGAGGACGAGGCCCACGAGGCCUGCAGCCGCGAGAACCUGGGCCGGAUCCAGUUCAGCGUGGGCUACAACUUCCAGGAGUCCACGCUCACUGUCAAGAUCAUGAAGGCCCAGGAGCUGCCGGCCAAGGACUUCAGCGGCACCAGCGACCCCUUCGUCAAGAUCUACCUGCUGCCCGACAAGAAGCACAAGCUGGAGACCAAGGUGAAGAGGAAGAACCUGAACCCCCACUGGAACGAGACCUUCCUCUUUGAAGGCUUCCCCUACGAGAAGGUGGUGCAGAGGAUCCUCUACCUCCAGGUCCUGGACUACGACCGCUUCAGCCGCAAUGACCCCAUUGGGGAGGUGUCCAUCCCCCUCAACAAGGUGGACCUGACCCAGAUGCAGACCUUCUGGAAGGAUCUGAAGCCAUGCAGUGAUGGGAGUGGGAGCCGCGGGGAGCUGCUCCUGUCCCUCUGCUACAACCCCUCUGCCAACUCCAUCAUCGUCAACAUCAUCAAGGCCCGGAACCUCAAAGCCAUGGACAUCGGGGGCACCUCAGACCCCUACGUGAAGGUGUGGCUCAUGUACAAAGACAAGCGGGUGGAGAAGAAGAAGACGGUGACGAUGAAGCGGAACCUGAACCCCAUCUUCAACGAGUCCUUUGCCUUCGACAUCCCCACGGAGAAGCUGAGGGAGACCACCAUCGUCAUCACCGUCAUGGACAAGGACAAGCUCAGCCGCAAUGACGUCAUCGGCAAGAUCUACCUGUCCUGGAAGAGUGGGCCCGGGGAGGUAAAGCACUGGAAGGACAUGAUCGCCCGCCCCCGGCAGCCCGUGGCCCAGUGGCACCAGCUGAAGGCCUGAGUGGACGCGGCGGGAGGCCAGGGGAGGGGGCCGCGGGCCCAGGUCCCCUGUCACCACUUUAUGCACAAUGCCCGGCCUGGCCCCCCUGCCGUGGGGGAGGGGAGGGCCCUGCGUCAGGGCCCGGAAGCCGCUGGACCCCCGUGGUUUUUUUUUUUUAGGAAGCACCAGCCCCGCCCCCCCCAGGGCUCCAGCGCUGGGGGCGGGGCCCGCGGAGCCAUUUCCUGCUUUGCCCCUUUCCCUCGGGACUUUGCCGAUGCCAGGCGGGGCGCUCCCUCCAGAGGCCCGCCAGGGGGGUGCAGCCCCCCGUUUUCUUUAAGGUGGUGCCUGGAGUGGAAAGAAGCCACCCCCUGCCUAGCCUUCCCGCUGCCCCCACCUCCCCCACCAGGGCCAGGGGUGUAACCUGGGAGAAAAGGGGGACCGAGGCGUUUGGCCCCGGCCCAGCCCCGGGCACAUCUGGGGGCAGGUUCAGGUGCCGGCUGGGCCCUGACCCCGGGGACAUAGCAUCCAGCCCGCUCCGGGCCCCGCGUCCUGUCCACUGUGCGUGUGUAUUGGGGGAGGGGGGUACCACCUGCUUCCUGUCCCUUCGGGGUCUCCAGACGGGACACGGGGCUGCAGGCCUGGGGAGUCGGUGCCCAGAGACGGGGCGGGGUGUGUGGGGCAGCGGUGGCUGAGAACUGGGUGACACCGCGACCCCCACCCAGCCCUCUGCGUGCGCGCGCCGGCCCCCUGCCCCCGAUGACCCCCCCAGCCAUCCUGGCCAGUGAUUUUGACCCUGGAACACGGUUCUGCACUCUCAAAGGCUCCACCAGGAUUCGCCCGCCCCCUUCCUUCUCAGGGGUCCCAAGCCCCCACUCGCUCCCCUCCCCCUCCAGAGACCCCCCCCUCGGCCCACCCCAAGCGCAAAUCCCAACCACAUUGGCAAUACUGUCCCACCGUCCGCGCCCCGGGCUGUGCCCACCUCUCUGCCCUCGUGCCUCCGUGUCAUCGCCCUGGUGUGCUUUUCUGGUCUUCUGGCACCUUCCGCGCCCACCCGCCGCCUCGGGGCAGCCCCUGGGCCCCUGCCACACAGAGGAUAAUCCUCGUUUCAAUUGUUAGAAGUUGUGAGGCCGCCCCAGCCACAAAAUCGGGGUGGAUCCGCUCUGGCGGCUGCAGAGGCUAGAGGGAGUCUGCCCCCGGGAGCGCAGGGCUUUCGGGGUGUGCCCUGGAAGGCCGCACAGGCCCACGCGGGUACCAGGUGACAGCCAGGGGUACCAGGUGACAGCCCCGGCCGGGGCUUGCGGGCGGCUCUGACAUCCCCACACCUGCCGCCAGGUGGCGCCAGACCGCCGCCGGCUCCAAGGCCCGUGGCUGGGUUCCCUUCCCGACCCCCUGCGGGGGUCUGACAGCCAGAGGGGCAGACUGUGGACGGGGUCUCCGCUUGCAGAGCUCGGCCAAAGCAGAGGCUCUGGGGAACUAUUUAAGUUCAUGUAAACGGCUUCUCGAGCCUUCUGCCCUGUGCCGCAGGCGGGUCUCGAUUUGGCCCAAAGCCAAGUUUUCUUAAAUUGCUAAAUAAUCUCUCCCUCCCUCCCAUUCUCUGCCUGUCUCUUCUCUGUGUCGCUCCCUCUGUCUCUCUCUAUCUCUGUCUCCCUCUGUCUCUCUCCCUUCUCCCUCCCAUCCUAUCUGUCUCUCUCUCUCCCUCCCUCCCAUUCUCUAUCUCUGUCUCUGUCUCUCUCUCUUUCCCUCCCAUUCUAUCUCUGUCUCUCUGUCUCUCUCUCUCUUUCCCUCCCAUUCUGUCUGUCUCUCUGUCUCUCCCUCUCUCUGUGUCUCUCUGUGUCUCCCUCCCUAUUUCUUCCUCCCUCCCCCCUUCCCUCCCUCCCCCGCCCUCCCCCCCCAGGAACUGCAUUCCAAAUAGGCCAAUCAUUUCCUUAGAGUGAAGAAUGCUCGUGUAAAGCAAACAGCCACCCACAUUCCUUGUAAACCCACAUUUUUCUCUCUAGUGUAGCUUUGCUUUAAGUGGGGGUCGACCCCCACCGGCCGGUCCCCUCUGCCGGGGCACCCAACUCUGGAGGCCGUGCGCAAGCGGGAGCGGGUGUAGACCUGUGCGCCUCCUUCCCGGCCCCGGAUCCGCCCAGCUGCCCUGCGCGCCCCCGCCGCGAGCUGCCGCCGGUCCCGGUGGGGCCGGGGAGCGGGGGUCCUCCAGAUCCCCAGCGCGCCCAGAACCGUUUUUUUUUUUUUUUCUGUACCGUGUGGGCGGGGCGGACACCGGCCAUUGGCCCCACCCACGACGUUUGGAGCCAAUCAUUUUGCAGAGCGCAUCUCCGGGGGCGUGUCUGCUCCCGGUCCUCCGCGCUCGCCCCGCGACUUGCGGCCCCGCACAGCCGGGAUUCCCUGGAGCGGGCGGCCAAGUGGGGGGCCGAGGGGUCGGGCAGGCCGGUAUGGGCGGGGUGGGGGGGCAGACGGGGCGGGGGCGGUCUAGGGCUCGAGGAGAAGAGAAAAUUGGGGGAACUUGAGGGGUGGGGGAGGGCACCGGAGCCAACCAGCCCAGGGCCUUGGGCAAAUCACCCACACUCCCGGGGCCUCAGUUUCCCCGUCUGUAAAAUGAUGGUAAUAAUGCUUCACCUACCUCAUGGGGGAGGUUGCAAGGCCGCCGUCACCUGAUGUGGGAGGGUCGAAGGAAGAGGAUCUGGAGGUGCUACCUGCAAGCAAAGUAUUAUUACCGUUGUCUGCCAGGGAAAGCAAGCCCCCCUCCCCAAGCCCCAGCCGCCCCCCACCCCGCCUCCGGGGAUAGCCGAGGCCUGCCUGCGCCCCUCUAUCUCUUCUCCACUGUGUCCCCCCCAUAAGCGUUGUCUGCCGUCUUUGUGGGCGCCCUAGAUUUAGUAGUUCUGUUGUUCAGGUACCUUUCUUGUGACCACCGCCCCCCCCCCAACGUGACUGCUGUACAAACUCCACCCGCCCAGAACCCCUGAACCUGCCCACCGGCAUUAGUCGCCUGGAAAGGGACAAGGAAAAUAGCCACCAAAAAAAAAAAAAAACAAUCAAACAAACAAAAACAGGGGUUUGGGGGUGUGCCCAGACCCCCCCCAGCCAGCCGAGGCCCCAGGGGUGGGGGUUGGUGGCCACUUGUUUGUACUGUGUUUGAGUCUUCUGAGCGCAAGUGUUUUCUAAAAAAUAAAGCCCACUGUCACAAAAAAAGAAAAAAAAAAGUGAAGAGAAGCAAGGAGGUGGGGAACUACAAGCUGGGAGAAGAUAAGGGGGAAGGAGCGAACGUAGCAACUUUCCAACACUUGCACCCGCUCAGCCAGCAGGAGCAACUCUGCAAAACCCUAUUUUUUGUGGGGAUGGGCCUUGCUUUUUGCGGCAAGGCCCGUUCUGAUUAAUAAAGGAUCGUGAAAAAGUA